AUGGAGAAACUAGUGCUGGCACUGAUCCAUGCAUCAAGACGGUUGCGCAGGUACUUCGCCAAUCACGUCAUUCACGUAUUAACAAACUACAACAUCGGCAACAUCCUCGCAAGGCCCGAGAUAUCCGGAAGCUUAGCAAAGUGGGCCAUAGAGUUGGGAGGCCACAAUGUGGUUUUCAGACCAAGGCUAGCUAUCAAGGGCCGGGUGUUGGCCGAUUUCAUGACAGAAGUACCUGACGACACGGAUAGAGAGUGCAAGGCAAUGGAGAAAGCUGAAAAGCAAUAUACGGAAGAGCCAUGGCUACUUUACACAGACGGCGCGUCCAAUGAAGAUGGCGCAGGCGCAGGACUUAGGCUGGUAAGUCCGGAAAAACACGAAUUUACGUACGCCAUAAGGCUAGACUUCAAAAGCACGAAUAAUGAAGCUGAAUAUGAAGUUUUCCUUGCCGGCUUGAGAUUGGCAAUCAAGAUGGGAGUCAAACACAUUGAGGCGCAUGUGGACUCCCUGCUAGUAGCGGGGCAAAUCAAUGGCCAGUACGACGCCAAAGGAGACGUGAUGGCAAUCUACUUGAAUCAAGCAAAAACACUGCUGCAAAACUUCCAUUCCUACAAAGUGCACCACAUCAAUAGGAGCGAGAAUAAACCAGCAGACGUGCUAAGUAAACUCGCAUCCACAAGUUUCCAGCACCUAGCCAAGGAUGUGCGCAUAGAACUUUUGAGCAACUCAUCGGUACCGCUAAGGGAAGUGAGUGUUAUUCAAUUGGGAACAACGUCAUGGAUGACCCCUAUAAUUAUGUAUCUCCAAUCUGGAAUACUACCAGAAAACAAAGCCGAGACAAGGAAAGUCCAACACAAAUCCGAACAUUACCAGAUGGUCGACGGAAUAUUGUAUCGGAAAUCUUACUUAGGACCGUUGUUAAGAUGCGUCAAUCCAGAAGAUGCAAACUACCUGAUCCGGGAAGUACACGAGGGCAUCUGUGGCAUCCAUGCCGGCCCAAGGAUGGUAGUAGCAAAAGUCAUGAACGCCGGGUAUUACUGGCCUGGAAUGCACCUAGACGCAGUAAAAAUCUUGAGAAAAUGCAGCGGCUGCCAGAGGCACGCCCCCAAAACAAUGCGCCCCAAAAACGAACUAGUCCCAGUAACAACGGCGUGGCCGUUUCAACAAUGGGGGAUAAAUAUGGUUGGCCCUUUUCCAGAAGCCCCAGGCGCAGUAAAAUUCAUAAUAUUCGCAGUUGACUAUUUCACAAAAUGGAUGGAAGCAAAGGCACUUGCAUCAACCACAUCUACCGUAGUUAGAAGGUUCAUUUGGGAGCAGAUCAUAUGCCGUUUUGGGCUACCACUAAGAAUUGUCACCGACAAUGGGACAAAUUUUGCUGCCGACGGUCUCCAACGCUGGUUCAAGGAGCUACACAUCGAGCAUGCUUUUUUCCUCGGUCGCGCACCCACAGGGAAAUGGUCAAGUAGAAGCUGUCAACAAGAGCAUAGUGGAUGGUAUUAA